AUGCCUCCCUCCAGGCUCGGCACCACGAGGCAGAAGGCAUUCUCCCACAAAGUCCGUACAGGGUGCAUCACUUGCAAGCUCCGUAGGGUGAAGUGCGACGAGUCGAAGCCAAACUGCCUGAACUGCACGAGAGGGAACCGCCAAUGUCUUGGAUACGCGAUUCCUAUAGCCAAAGUCUUCACGCUGGAAAGUCGCAAGACGUCGUCGACGGAACGGCCAUCGUCGAUUCAAUCGUCACAGGGAGCUUCUUGCAAUGAUGAGUUGCUGCUCUCCAAGACUCUCGGGUUGCCCUUCGGCACGAACGAGGAAGCACGAUCUCUACAGCACUGGCUCCUCCUAACAGCACCCGUGCUGGCACAUUACGGGCCCCAGGGAGAUUUCUAUACUGUCCUUGUUCCACAAAUCGCUCUACAGUCACCUGCAGUUAAGCACAUGCUCGUUGCUCUUUCCAUGACGCACGAGAAGUUUCAUACUGGUGUUGCAACCGCCACCCCCAAAAUGAAUUCGCAGGCUGUUUCCCACUACAUUUCAGCCAUAGCAGAGAUUAGAAACAAUAAUCCGCCAAAGCUCCACGUUGUCAUCGCUUCCCUUGUUGCAUGGGUCAUCGAGCUCUUUCAGAACAACCUUCCAGGGGCCGUGGUACACCUGCGCGGAACACUCAAACUCCUCCGAGAAUACAAGCGAUCGAAACCUCCAGGAUCGGCAGCAGAUGUUCUACGAAAGUCGAUUCUGCCAACUUCCAGUCUUGCCAAGGGCUUGACACAGCUGAUGAUCCACACCGGUCCAAUACCAGGAGAGAUCGAGCCGGAAUACCGGGGUCAUAUAUGCUAUCCUUGGGGAGGGCAAGCGUUUUCGUCCUUCGCGGAAGGGAGAAGUGCCAUUUGCCAUUAUAUCGAGGAACUCGCAGAUUCUGGGAGUGGUUGCAAUAUUCGAGAAAUUGAAAAGCUGCUGGGCCAUUGGUUCGAGCGCGCCCGGCGAUGGGACCAAGAGACCAUUCCCACGUCCGCCCUGACCGCACUCCUUUUGCUGUUCAACCUCGCUUUAGCUCUGCUCCCGAGCAGUGACGUGGCUGGAUUCAGCUAUUCCAUCAACCCUAGAACUGUUGACUUCGUGGUUGAUAGAGCCGCCGUGCUUGCCAAUAUCCACCAGAAGAUUGAGCCGAGAAAUGAGGAUCUGAGGCAAACGUUGGUCAUCGUGCUCAACUUUGUCGUAAUUGCAGAGAUAUCCAACGGUCCUAAGGUCUCGGUGCACGAGGGUCCUCAUCACCGAGAUAGCUCGCAUCUUGAUCACAAAUUCUAUUCAUUCUACCGUCGGCACCGAGCUCUACUACAGGGGUCUCAUAACGUUUGGUCCGAUUCUAAAAUGGAAGAACCGGCUUGA